AUGAAGACUCUCCUGAUCGUGCUGGUGUGUGUGGGCGUGGCCUCCUGCCAGGAUGGGUCCUACAUCCUGGAUUCCAGAGGCGUCGACGCCCAGCAGGGGCUCCUUCCAGCACGACAGCUCUACGACAACUACGAGGCCUUCUCAGACGCCUUCAGGCGACGAUCUCAGGAGAUGGCCAGGGAGUACAGCUUGGACCAGACCGUCUACAACGACCCUAACCCCGAGUACACCUGGGCUUAUGCCGUCGACGCCAAAUCCACGGGGACAAUGAAGUCUGCCAGGAGAGGAGCGUCGAGGGGACGUCGUUGUGGUCAGUAUUCUGUCAUGGACCCUGAUGGCACUCUGCGCACAGUCGACUACUCGGUCGCUCCAGGCACUGGAUUCCAGGCCAAGGUCACCAAGGAAAGGGCUGAUGGCGUUUCCAGCAGUCCAGUCACGACAUACAGCCAACAGAAUCAGUAUUCCCAGUACCAAAGCCAGCAGUACAACCAGAAUCAACAAUCCUACAAGAAUCAAAACCAGGAAUCCCGCUUCCUGAAUCAGAGGUACGACAGGAAUGAUUACCAAAAUCAGUUCCAAAACCAGCAAUACAGAUAUGAAAAUGGUGAACGUUUCCAGAACCAGCAGUCUAAUUACUUCCAAGACCAACAGUCUAAUAGGGACAACUUCCAGAACCAACAGUACUACAGACAGAAUUCCCAGAAUCAAAACAGGAAUGAUCUUCAGUUCAGGAACAAUGAUGGGAAUAACUAUUCCAGUCAACGUUAUGGAUCCAACAGGAAUUACUUCAACAAUGAUCAGUACAAUUCCCAAAGGAGUUUGUAUUCCAGGGAUUCAAACAACUUCCAGUCCUUUGCUCAACGUUAUGGAAACACAAACAGUCAAAAUUACAACCAGUACAGUUCCAAUUACAAUAACAACCAGCAAUCUCAACUACAGAGAAAUAACUACAACCAGAACAACAGAGACUCAUCACAAUACACCACAGAUCGAUAUGGCAACAACUAUUACAACUCUCAGGAACAGAACAACAGGGAUUCAAACUACAACAACAACCCUGACAACUACCAGAGGUCACAACAGUACCAACAAGGAAAUCAGUUCCAGAGGUCACAGUACAACAGAGAAGGUCAACUCCAGAGGUCACAGUACAACAGAGAAAGUCAGUACCAGGGUUCCCGGUUCUCACAGAACCAGCAGAGAAGCCUGACCCAGCAGAACUCAAGACAGAACUCCCAUUUCUACUCUCGCCAGAACUUCCAGAAUCAGAACAGGUACAGCCAGAACUACUCUCCCGUCAGUGUGGUUCUUGCUUGA